UCGCCUGCGUGUUGCCCUAAUGAUUCACAGGCCCUCAUUUUUUCAAGAAGAAAAGAACCCCAAAGAAAAUUCAAUUUUGUGGUUGCUCUGGCGUCUGUUUGCCAUAGAGAGAUGGACGCCAUUGUUUGUGACGUUACAACAGAAGGCAAAACUCUUCCUCCCGCCCACUGGGAGUUCAGCUGUGAUUUCGAAGUAGAUUAUGAGUCUGAGGAAAAUGCUCAAAUUGUUUACUCAGCAUUGGCUGUUGAUAAGGAGUUGCAGCCAGACAAAGUGAAAAGGCAGAUGACCGUAUCUAAUGGAAAGCUUGUUGUACAUUUUGAAGCAGUUGAAGCAAGAUUUCUUCGCGCAUCAUUUAGUGCCUUCGUGGACGUUCUUACGCUUGCCACAAAAACAAUUGAAGAAUUCGGUCAAGGAAUGGAGUUAUGACAUCCACCGCAAUACACUCCAGUUUGUUUUGCUGGUUUUUUUCUGGCCAUUGAGCUUUGUAUGAUUCCAGUUUGUAGUUUUCACGUCUAAGAUCUGACUGUAGCAUGAAUUCUUGGUUCCUUACCUUUUGGUUGGCCAUUUAUUGUAUUAGAGGGUCUGUACUUUAGUUUCACUAUUAACGCACAACCAUUGUUUACAAGCAAAUGCCAAAUCUGAGUUGCUUGGUGUUUCUAGUAUU